GUCACGUCUGUGCUACUUGCAUCCCUCCACUCGUCCUCGUCAUGUUCAAGGCGCAGCUCCCCGCUACCAGGGUCAUCGCCCGCCGUCUCUACAGCUCGCGUGCGACGCAAUCCCUGUACAGCUGUGCGAGGGGUUCGGUCAGGUCCCCUGCCCCCGCAGCCUCGUCACUCUGCAGGCCAGUUGGGCGAAGCCUGGUCUUUGCUCGCGGGUACGCUGAGCCUGCCUCGUCCAAGUUCUCGCGUGCGAAGCCCCAUUUGAACAUUGGUACUAUCGGCCACGUUGACCAUGGCAAGACCACACUGACCGCCGCUAUCACUAAGGUCCUUUCGGAGAAGGGUGCCGCGAGCUUCACCGACUAUUCCCAAAUCGACAAGGCACCUGAGGAGAAGGCCCGCGGUAUCACCAUCAACUCUGCGCAUGUUGAGUAUGAGAGUGAUACCCGUCACUACGGCCACAUUGACUGUCCCGGUCACGCUGAUUACAUCAAGAACAUGAUUACUGGUGCCGCGCAGAUGGAUGGCGCUAUCAUUGUCGUGUCAGCGACCGACGGUCAGAUGCCUCAAACUCGUGAGCACCUGCUGCUCGCUCGCCAGGUUGGCAUCAAGAAACUCGUCGUCUUCAUUAACAAGGUCGACAUGAUCGCCGACAAGGAGAUGCUUGAGCUCGUCGACAUGGAGAUGCGAGACCUUCUCUCGACGUACAACUUCGACGGCGAGAACACCCCCAUCAUCCUGGGUUCUGCCCUUGCCGCUCUUGAGGGUCGCGACCCUGCCAUUGGUGCUGACAAGAUCAACGAGCUUAUCAAGGCUUGUGACGAGUGGCUUGAGAUUCCUCCUCGUGACCUCGAAAAGCCCUUCCUGCUCCCUGUUGAGGACGUCUUCUCCAUCUCUGGUCGUGGUACCGUUGCUACUGGCCGUGUGGAGCGUGGUGUCAUCAACAAGGGUGAUGAAGUCGAGAUCCUGGGCUUCGGCACAAAGAUCAAGUCGGUCCUCACCGGGAUUGAGGCAUUCCACAAGGAGCUUGAUCGUGGUGAGGCUGGCGACAACAUGGGUGCUUUGCUCCGCGGUAUCAAGCGUGAGCAGAUCAAGCGCGGUCACGUCAUCGUUGCGCCCGGCUCGAUAAAGGCGGUGAAGAAGUUUCAGGCUCAAAUUUACGUCCUCACGAAGGACGAGGGUGGCCGUUACACGCCCUUCAUGGCCAACUACACGCCUCAGCUCUUCAUCCGCACUGCGGAUAUCAGCACGCGGUUGUCGUGGCCAGAGGACACCGCUGAUGCUGAGGAGAAGAUGGUUAUGCCCGGUGACAACGUGGAGAUGGUUUGCACACUGCACCAUGACGUAGCGGGUGAGGUUGGUUCUCGUUUCACGCUUCGUGAGGGUGGCAAGACCAUUGGCACGGGUAUCAUCACCAAAAUUCUUGAGUAUGCAUGAGCGGAUCAGAGGAUCCUUUGCGUCAUCACCGUCAUAUAUACUUCCGUCGUUAAUGCAUGUGCUUGUAAUAUCUUGCUCCCCACUCAUCGCAAAAGGAGACCUCGAGCUCGCACACUCGCCCCUCACCGUAGCCACUGUACCUUAGCCACCCAUGUCCCUCACAAUGCUCACAUAGAUGCUAGCGCAAUCUCAUAUACUCAUAUGGAU